GAAGGCUUACGGCUUCACAAAUUCAACUCAAACAAGGAAGCUGCUCUCGCCUGCUUGGGUCCUUCAGAAGUAGCAACAGCCAUCAAGCCCCAUGGUUUGGAUCCAGCCUCAUCGGAGCGUGCACUUGGCAUUCAAUGGUUGACAAAAAAUGACACCUUCAUUUUUAACAUCGGCUUAAAGGAUCAACCUUCUACCCGUCGCAGCUGCUUGUCAAUCAUUGCUUCACUUUAUGCUCCUCUCGGAUUCAUUGCUCCAUUCACCCUUAGUGGAAAACUUAUUCUUCAAGAGCUUUGUCACAGAGGCAUAGGGUGGGACGAUUCUCUCCCAGAAGAUAUAAAGCCACGGUGGGAGAAAUGGAUAAAUGAUUUGCAGAGACUGAAAGAGAUCUCAAUUCCGAGAUGUUAUCAUCCUGCUGACUUCCACAAUGUUGUCCGAGUAGAGCUGCACCAUUUUUCAGAUGCCAGUUGUGUAGGAUAUGGUGCAUGUUCUUACCUGAGGUACAUAAAUGACAUGGGUGAAGUCCACUGCAGUCUUGUGAUAGCAAAGGCAAGAGUUGCUCCUUCAAAGAUCACAAGUAUCCCAAGAUUAGAACUUGCAGCAGCAGUGGUUUCUACAAAAGUCAGUGUUAUGCUAAGAUGUGAACUUGAUAUGAAGAUUGAUCAAGAAUUUUUCUGGACUGACUCACAAGUUGUACUAGGGUACAUCAAUAAUGAUGCUCGCAGGUUCCACAUAUUUGUUGCCAACCGUGUUCAACUGAUUAGAGAUAACAGUGAUCCUAAUCAGUGGCAUUAUGUUGAAACCUCAGAAAAUCCAGCUGAUUAUGCAUCCAGAGGUCUAUGUGCUUCAGAUAUUCAUUCAACAAACUGGUUGCAAGGACCAAGGUUUCUUUGGGAGCAUGAGUUACACUUAACACUCAACACUCCAACAGAAUUGCUUGUCGGUGAUCCUGAAGUAAAGACAAUUCAGGUACUUGUAACUGAAGUCAAAAGCAGUAAUGACAUCCUCGAACGCCUGAAUCGGUUUUCCUCUUGGACAACACUUCUCAAGGUGAUUGCAAGAAUCAAGAGACUAGGCUCAAAGCAACAACAGAGCGAACAUGUGACUGUUGAAGAAAUACAAAGAGCAGCUGAAACUGUGAUUAAGAUUGUUCAACAACAAACCUUCCCAAAUGAGAUAAAGAUACUAGAAGGUGAAAAGAACCUUUCAAACACCAGCACCCUUUUUAGACUUGAUCCCAUCUGGUCUGAAGAGCUUCUCCGCGUGGGUGGGAGAUUGAAGCAGUCAUCUCUCUGUUUUAAAGUCAAACACCCAGUAAUACUACCAAAUAACAGUCAUAUUACUAAGCUGAUUGUGUCACACUACCAUGCUCAGACAUGUCAUCAAGGUCGAGGUCAGACACAAAUGGAACUCGGGAUCAAUGGAUUCUGGAUCAUUGGUGGGAGCAAGUUGGUAGCCAAGCUGAUACGCGAUUGUGUGUUUUGCAGAAAACUUAGGCGGCCAACGGAAAAGCAGAGAAUGGCGGACCUUCCUAAAGAACGUGUUGAAUCCUCUGCACCCUUCACAUAUAGUGCCAUGGACUGUUUUGGCCCUUUCAUUGUGAAGAAAGCCCGCAAAGAGUACAAAAGAUAUGGCCUAAUUUUCACAUGUCUCUACUCUAGAGCUGUCCAUAUCGAAAUGCUCGAAGAUUUGUCAUCUGACUCAUUCAUAAAUGCACUGAGAUGCUUUAUUAGUAUUAGAGGAGCUGUACGACAACUGUACUGUGAUCAAGGCACUAAUUUUGUUGGUGCCAGGAACGAGUUCACACAAGCACUGAAACAAUGUGACACUAAGUUACUAGAAGUUUUCUUGCCGGAUAAAUAG